AUGACCGUGACUCUGCUGUGGGCUUCGCAGGUGAAACGUCUGAGAGGUGAGUUUGGCAGCAACCUGUUUUUCAGCCUGACUGUUCAGAGGAGUCAGAAGCUCAGACUGACAGCAGAGCUGCUCUCGGAUCAGUUAAACUUCUUUCAUCACCACCAGCACAGCACAGUCUGUAGCACACACAGUGUCACUGAUCCAGUCACGUUACCGUGUGGACACAAUUUCUGCAAAACCUGUUCCCAGUGCCUGUGUCCAAAGUGUGAAGAGCGCGUUGAUAGAAAAUAUAAGCUUGGGGUCAAUGCUUUAAUUUCUGAGAUGUCUGUUCAGUUCAGACAGUCAGCUGGAAGGAAAGUCAUUAACGUUGCCAUUGAGAACAAGCAUGGCCGACCUCUGGAGCUCUACUGCAACGAUGAACAGAAGUCCAAAUGUCGGUCCUGCGCUGACUCCAAUCACAGAUUUCACUACAUUGUUCCUCUGAAGGAGGAAUAUGAAGUAAAGAAGACCGACCUGAGGAAAACAGAGGCCAGAAUUCAGCAGGAGAUGCUGGAGAGACGACUGAAAACUCAGAUCAAACGCUCUCUGAAGUUCAGCAGGGAGGCUGCAGACAGAGCGGUGGCAGUUGGCGUUCAGAUCUUCAACGCUUUGGAAAGAGCCCAGGCGGAGCUCAUUGGGAUGAUUGAAGAGACGCAGAAAACAACAGAAAAACAGGCUAAAAGUUUCAUCCAGCUGGAUCAGGAAAUCUCUGAGCUGGUGAGGAGACGGGCUGAGGUGGAGCAGCUCUCACGCUCAAAAGACCACCUCCACUUCCUCCAGAGCGUCCCGACCCUGAACCCCGCUCCACUCACCAGAGACCGGAUAGACGUCAGCGUUCGUCCAGUGUUAUGUGGAGGACUGACGAGGACAGCUGUGGUCAGAGCUGUGGAUCAGCUGACAGAUACAGAGUCCACUGUGGUGAUGGAUGGAACAAACUCCCAGACAACUCAAAACGGUUUGAGCCUUGGGAAAGCAGGGUUUCUCUUGUCCAGAGUGUUUGUGGAUCAUGAGGAGGGUCUGGUCUCCUUUUAUGACGUAGAUGCUGCAGCUCUUCUUUACUUUGACCUUCUGUGCUCCUUCACGAUGAAGCUACACCCCCUCUGA